AUGUCUGGGCCCCAGCGCGUUCCCUACGAGCUGCCCGGCGGGUCCACGCUGCCGCAACACGCUCGUCAUGCUAGUGCAACAAGCCGCGGCUCUCAUGCAUCAUCUCAGGACCAUGCAUCCAGAACAUCCACUACGCCCCGGCAGCGCUCCAACUCGCCAACCAAAGCGCCAGCGGGUCCUUCUCGUCGUCCCCUCGGAGAGCUCGAGCUGGGACAUGCAGAUGAUGUUGGCUCUGCAAAGCGACGCCAGGCUCUUGCGCUCCUCGACGACCCGAGUGCGCUGGGUAUACGCCCAUCGUCCUCCUCGCUCUCACCAGUCCGUCCACCGCACACUUCACAAAUCGACCAACUCGCCUCCAGCUCCUAUCCCCGGUCGAGCAAUCCCAGCGCGACACAGCGUCCCUCGAGCUCAGCUGCGCCUUCCACAGCAAACAACCCGGUAGAUCUCACGGCAAGCUCAGAUGCGGGCUCAGACAAUGAGAUUGUGGAAGACGGCGUGGGGGACGUCAACGACGAGAAUGCGCAUCAUCAACCAUACUCGCGUGCGGGGUCGGUGGCGUACCCAUAUGACCAUGACGAUGGGGACGAGUCGGGGAUGGAGGUGGAUGAGAAUGGGGAAUUGAUGUAUGCCGAGGGCUACGGCGUUGAAGGGGAGGAAGUGGACGAAAGGGGAGAUGAUAGUCAGGACGACGACGAGGAGGACGAGGACGAUGAUGAGGAUGAGGAUGAGGACGACGAGGACGAUGCGCGAAGCUUGGAUCUGGACGAGGACAUCGUUUUUGUCAGACACGACCGGACCUCCAAAUCCCCACUCGCCUCUCUCCAGGUCAAAUCCGAGCCUGUCGAUCCCGAAGCAGGUCCAUCCGACCCAGCCGGCGGCGCGCCACCCGCUCCAGAUGGCGAAGUCGUCAAUGCUCUCAUUCCCAAGAAGAAGAAGCAGGCUCGGAAGCGGUCACUCUCUGUCGACCCUGAUAGGGGACCCCCUCGACCGGUCGAUACCAUCCGCCUGGAGAUGGCCCUGACCAUGAAUCACGACCGGGACGGGACGGCCACAUGGCAGACGAUGAUGUGGGACGUACGGGCAUCUGCGGAAGAGAAGGGGUUGAACAUGUUGCGGAACGUGUAUGACGAACCGGCGCUCGCGCCAGGGCCGGGACCGAGCGGAGUACUGGAUGGUCCGGAAAAUGCGCCUCCGAUGGGGCUAGGCGGCUCAAUACUUGAAAAUGGAUUGAUAGAGGAGUCGGCGGAGGAGAUCGCUCGGCGAUUCGAGGAGAAGUACGAUAAAGGACCGCCCAAGAAGAAGGCCAAGAAAAAGGUGGAGGUCUAUGAUGAUACCGACGAAUUUAUCGACGACUCGGAGCUCCAGAUCGAUGCACCGACGCAUAUGGCCAAGACGGUCAAGCAAGGAUUCUUCGUUUGCGAGGGUGCAGUCGAAGUACAGCAGGAGCAAGACGCACCGGCCAAAGCGAAAGGGAAACCCAGACACAGCAUGCCCAAAAAAGCACCUCGUCCUUCCGCCGCUGCUGCUGCUGGCCCAAAACCUAAGAUCCGGAAACCACUCGCCCAGCUUGUGGUCGAGGAGGCCGAGCGAGCGAAGGCGAAGGGAGCGAUGGAGAGCCCGAUCAAGAUUGAUUCGGAUGGAGAUAGUGAUGGGGAGGCCGGACCCAGUUCACCCUAUAUCCGCACACCAAGUCCGGAGCAGGAGGAUGUCAAGGAUGAGAAGGAGGAGCCCAUGCCUGUUGACCGGAAGAUCUUCACUAAUGCCUCGGAUAUGCCUGAGGAAUUACCACCCUGGCGAGGCUUCCCCAACCCGCUCCGCCAACAGCUUUUGAUUCUGAGAAACGAGAGUCUGAAAUACGCUUGGGACCUCAAAGACAAGGGCAAAUUCCCAGAUCAUCUUCGUCCUUUUCUGCGGGAGUGCGGGCGCGCCGCAUUCCAAACUGGAAUGUUCAAGGUGGCUGCCGAGUCAGAUCCGACCGUCCCCAAUUUCUUCAUGGCCCUCCGAUCGGUAUUGCCAUACAAUGGCUUCACGCUUACAAAGCAGAAGCUCACCGGUAAAAUGUGCUAUGAAGACUACUGGGAGUUUCUCGAGGCCUGCGAGAAGGCCGGUCUGGGUCAACUGCGACAGCUCAUCAAGGGCGUCAUUGGCGAGUGGGAGAAGAAGUACGAGGACGACAAGCUGGAAUUCGAGGAGGCGAAGCGCAAGUGGGAUGAAGAGCACCCGCUGGACGGUUCCUCUGCGCCCCCAGAGGCGAAUGGAACAGCCAUGGCCGCAGAGCCCUCGAACGAUCAUGCCGACGAGCCCGAGAAUGCGCCUGCUGCUGCUGUACCUCAUGGUCCACCCAAGGAGCCGACGAAAAACUUCAAGUGGACGCCAGAGAUGCAGUUCGUCUUUGCGCAGUUGCUGGAUAAUCUCGGGGACAUGCUCGAGCUCAAUACGAGGGGAAAGGAUUGGAGGGUCGCGGAUAAUAUCCUCAAGACGGGGAAAGAGUACUCUGAGACUCUCAUGCGGGCUGCGCUGUACAAAAAGAUUGUAGACCUUUUCCCGGAUGGAUAUCAGACGAGCAGUCUUGUUUCGCGUGAAAUGAGCAAGAUCAGAGCCAAGAAGAAUAAGGGGACGGCCAAGAAGGAGGUAGACGCGCCAGCUGGAGCCAAGGAAGGGAAAUAA